CCAUUCGUGUCACUAAAGGAAAAGCAAGUGGAGGUACAGGAAACCUCCAGCGUCGUCUGCACCUGUGAGAGCGAACAGCAAGCAUCAGGAUGAACGGCCAGUAUCAGGAAGAAGAGAUGGACAUGGGCGUGGAGGAGCACGAGAUGCAAGGUCCGCGUCUCGUGAAUAUAUUGGAGCAGGCAGGUAUCAAUGCCACGGACGUGAAUAAGCUCAAAGACGCGGGUAUGCAUACGGUGGACGCCGUGGCCAUGGCCACCAAGAAGCAACUCGUGGGUAUCAAGGGCAUCAGCGAAGUCAAAGCGGAGAAAAUGCUCAAGGCUGCACGAGAAAUGGUCAACGUGGGCUUCACAACGGCUGCAGAUGUGCUGGAGAGCAGAAAAGAUUUAAUUACUUUAUCCACAGGCUCAAAUGCUGUGGAUGAACUAUUGAAAGGAGGCAUCGAGACAGGUUCCAUUACAGAAAUGUUCGGAGAGUUCCGUACGGGUAAGACACAGCUGUGCCACCAGCUCUGUGUGACGUGCCAGCUGCCGGUGGAUCGCGGCGGUGGAGAGGGCAAGGCGCUGUAUAUCGACACGGAAGGCACGUUCCGUCCUCAGAGACUGCAGGCUAUUGCAGAGAGAUAUGGUUUGGACGGAGACAGUGUGCUGGACAAUGUGGCCUUCGCCCGCGCGUACAACUCGGAGCACCAGAUGCAGCUGCUAAUCCAAGCGUCGGCUAUGAUGGCAGAGUCUCGGUUCGCCCUUGUGAUUGUUGAUAGUGCCACAGCACUGUUUCGAACAGAUUAUUCGGGUCGUGGAGAGCUGGCGGCGCGACAACAAGAGCUAGCCAAGUUCCUGCGUGCACUCACAAGAAUGGCUGACGAGUUCGGUGUGGCCGUUGUGAUCACAAAUCAGAUGACGGCAAAUCCGGAUUCGGGUAUGUUUGCCAAAGACCCGCUCCAGCCUAUUGGCGGCAACAUCAUGGCCCAUGCGUCUUGCACCAGACUUCGUCUAAAGAAAGGUCGUGGCGAGAACCGCGUCAUGAAGGUCGUGGACUCCCCUAUUCUUCCAGAGUCGGAGGCUAUUUACUCCAUCACUGAGCAAGGCAUUCAGGACGAGCUCAACUAGCCUACAAUACACGUUCAAUUGGACGUUUGAUAGCUUGAAAAAUUUGAACAAAUUACAGAGUAAUGUGGGUGGUAUGCAGCAAUAUCCACGCGCGACAUUAUAAUAACGCAUCCAGGAUUUCGUUGUGCC